AUGAAACAUGAAAACGUCACUGAAUUUAUCCUCCUGGGGCUUUUUAGUGAUGAGGAUGCCAAGUUCACUUGUUUUGUGCUAUUCUCACUUUGCUAUAUUGCAAUUCUCUCUGGAAAUCUGCUCAUUCUUUUUACCAUUAGAGGAAGUCGACUUGGUGAGCAGCCUAUGUACUUUUUCCUCAGUUACUUGUCUUUCAUGGAUGUCUGCUUCACCUCCACAGUAGCCCCCAAACUGAUCACAGACUUAUUGGGCCAGCAGAAGACCAUCUCAUACAAUAGCUGCAUGGCCCAGAUGUUUUAUGCUCAUUUCUUUGGUGCCACAGAAAUCUUUAUAUUGGUGGCCAUGGCUUAUGAUCGUUAUGCAGCCAUUUGUAGACCUCUUCACUAUAUGUACCUCAUGAGCAGACAUGUAUGCUAUAUCCUUUUAAUGGUUUCUAUUAUUGGAGGGUUUAUUCACUCCAUCUUACAUGUACUGAUUAUAAUUGAGCUUCCCUUCUGUGGUCCCAAUCAGAUAGAUCACUACUUUUGUGAUGUAUUCCCCUUGUUGAAGCUGGCCUGCACUGAUACCCACCUGCUAGUUAUUGUGGUCAUCACCACUACAGGGGUGUUGUCCAUUCUGACCUUCAUUGCCUUAGUCAUUUCUUAUAUUAUCAUCCUGUCCAGCCUGAGGGCUCACUCCUCUCAGGGCUGCCGCAAAGCUCUCUCCACCUGUGGAUCACAUAUCACUGUGGUGUUCAUGUUUUUCUUGCCCCUCAUUUUCACCUAUGUCCCCAUGGGGAAUUCUGUUGGUAAUGACAAAGUGUUUGCUCUAUUUUACACCAUGAUUGCCCCCAUGUUCAACCCCCUCAUCUACACAUUGAGAAACACAGACAUGAAAAAUGCCAUGAAGAGAGUGUGGUGUCGGGACAAAUUUUUGGAAGGGAAAUGA